AUGGCUAGAACCAAGCAGACUGCCCGUAAGUCCACUGGUGGCAAGGCUCCCCGUAAGCAGCUCGCUUCCAAGGCCGCCCGCAAGGCCGCCCCCUCUACCGGUGGUGUCAAGAAGCCUCACCGCUACAAGCCUGGUACCGUCGCUCUCCGUGAGAUCCGUCGCUACCAGAAGUCCACUGAGCUUCUGAUCCGCAAGCUCCCCUUCCAGCGUCUGGUCCGUGAAAUUGCUCAGGACUUCAAGUCCGACCUCCGCUUCCAGUCCUCUGCCAUCGGUGCUCUUCAGGAGUCCGUUGAGGCCUACCUCGUCUCUCUCUUUGAGGACACCAACCUGUGUGCCAUCCACGCCAAGCGUGUCACCAUCCAGUCCAAGGACAUCCAGCUUGCCCGCCGCCUCCGUGGUGAGCGUUCUUAA